AUGCUGAAUGUUGUAUCUACUUGCAACGUUCUGGGGAAUCGAAGAUCUGGGUCUGAGGGGAGUCUUACUUGGGUCCGAAAGCGACCUGGGCGGCGGCACGGCGGAGGUAAUAAAUUGUCCCAGAAGUAUGGUUGCAUGUUCCGCGCCUGUACCGUUCAGCUUGCAUCUGGUGACGCGAUGGCCCCAUUGCGGCGACCACCGGCAUCUGUUUACAAGGGAUCGGGACGGUUAUAG